GGGGGGCAGGAAACCCUCCUGGAAGUAUGAAGGAGAUGGUGGGAGGCUGCUGUGUGUGUUCCGACGAGCGCGGCUGGGCGGAGAACCCGCUCGUCUAUUGCGACGGCCACGGCUGCAAUGUGGCCGUGCACCAAGCCUGUUAUGGAAUCGUGCAGGUUCCCACGGGCCCCUGGUUCUGCCGGAAAUGUGAAUCGCAGGAGCGAGCCGCCCGGGUGAGGUGCGAGCUGUGUCCCCACAAGGACGGGGCCCUGAAGCGCACGGACAACGGGGGCUGGGCACACGUGGUUUGUGCCCUGUACAUCCCCGAGGUGCAGUUCGCCAACGUCCUCACCAUGGAGCCCAUCGUGCUCCAGUACGUCCCCCACGACCGCUUCAACAAGACUUGCUACAUCUGCGAGGAGCAAGGGCGGGAGAGCAAAGCGGCCUCGGGGGCCUGCAUGGCCUGCAACCGGCACGGCUGCCGCCAGGCCUUCCACGUCACCUGCGCGCAGAUGGCCGGGCUCCUGUGCGAGGAGGAGGUGCUGGAGGUCGACAACGUCAAAUAUUGCGGCUACUGCAAAUACCACUUCAGCAAGAUGACCUCUCGCCAUUCCGGGAGCGGCUCCUUCCUCCCGGGCCGGAGGAGCCGCUCGGCCUCACCCCCCCAGGAAAAACCCCCGGCCCACCACGAGCGGCCAAAAAAGAGCCGCAAGGACAAGGAGAGGCCGAAGCAGAAGCACAAGAAGCGGCCGGAGUCCCCCGGGGGGCUCCCCCCGGCGCCCGCGCCCGCGGCUGCCGAGAAGGGCUCCGGUGGCCACCACGAGGCCACCAAGGAGGGCUCGGAGGUGGCCAGGGCGGAGGCCAAGGGCCGGAAAUCCUCCAGCCACGGCAGCAGCCACAAGGGGAAGAAGACGGGAAGCGGGAAAAGCUCCGGAGGCUUCGGAGCGGCCGCGGCCGGAGGGAACUUCCAGGCGGCAGGCUCCUCCUGCGGCCUGCCCGGCUCCCAGGACUUCGCGCCUUUCCCCAAGCUGGAGCAGGAGGACGAGAAAUUCCGCAAAGCCGCCAGCUCCAGCUCGUCCUCGCACUGCUCGCCGCUCUCCGAGGGCCCCAAGGCUGACGUCUUCGAGCAGAAGGUCAUCUUCUCCGGCUUCGGCUCCAUCAUGCGCUUCUCCACCUCGGCCGUGGGCCCGCCGCGAGCCCGCGACGCCUCCCCCGUGGACUACAAAUCCUCCUCCGCCGCCGCUCUCGGUGGCCCCUCGGUUGGUGCCACCGGCGCCACCGGCAGCGGGCACAAGCGGACGGGCGCCGAGGAGGGCGAGGUGCUCAAGGAGAAGAAGCACAAGGGCAGCAAGAAGAACAAGCACGGCCCCGGCAGGCCCAAGGCGGGUAAAGGCAAAGAGGUUUUGGGGGCUCAGCUGGCUGGGUCCACCUCCACCUCCUCCUCGCCUUUCUCCGGGGGAUCCCUGGUCAGCUCCAGCGUUGGGAAUUCAUCCCGGAGCUUCGGCCACACCGGGAGUCUGCCCAGCCUCAGCAUGGAGUCGCCGCUGCUGGGUUCGGGGAUCUACACCAGCAACAAGGACCCGAUCCCGCUGGGCGCGGCGCUGCGGGCGGUCUGCAGCACCCCGCUGCCCUCGGGGCUGCUCCCGCACCAGGGCGGUGCUGCCCUGCCCCAGCUCAGCCGCUCGCCCUUCGCCAGCUCCAUCCCCCCGGCCUCCUCCUCCUCCGCCGGCUCCACCACCCAGGUGUUUUCCCUGGCCGGUUCCACCUUCAGCCUCCCUUCCUCGCACAUUUUUGGGAGCCCGCUGACAUCCGGGCUGUCCCUGAACCCCCUCCUGAGCCAGCCGGAGAGCAGCCGGGCAGAGCCCGACCUGGAGGAUUGCGGCUUCGGCUGCCGAGGGACGUCCCCGCAGGAGAGCCUGUCCUCCAUGUCCCCCAUCAGCAGCCUGCCGACCCUCUUCGACCAGACCGUGUCGUGCAGCAGCAGCGGGCAGCUGGACAAUGUCCCGCAGGCCACCCCCAACAUCGAGCAGCUCCUGGAGAAGCAGGGCAACGGCGAGGCCGGCGUCAACAUUGUGGAGAUGCUGAAGGCGCUGCACUCGCUGCAGAAGGAGAACCAGCGGCUGCAGGAGCAGAUCAUGACGCUGACGGCCAAGAAGGAGCGGCUGCAGCUGCUCAACGUCCAGCUCUCGGUGCCCUUCCCUGUGGUCACCACUGGCAGCAACGGCCCCGGCGGCCAGGCCCAGUACAUCCUGCCCGCCAACGUGUGCGCCGCUGACUCGCUGAGCGCCAGCAAGAGCCCCCCGUGCAAGAACAGCUUCGGCAUCGAGAACUCGCUCUCCACCUCCUCCGAGGAGCCUCCCUCGGGCUGUCCCAGCAGGAGCAGCUCCUCGCUGUCCUUCCACAGCACCCCGCCGCCCCUGCCCCUGCUGCAGCCCAGCCCCGCCGCGCUGCCCCUGCCCGGGGCGCCGCCGGUGAACGGCCUGGCCAGGGUGGCGAGCGGGGGGCUCGCAGGAGCCUCGGGGGCCAGCCACGGCCUCUCGGCGGUGCCCACCGUGGUGGACGGCUUGCUGGGCAGCUUGGCCGGGGCGCAGCAGAUGCCCCUGAACGGGAUCCUGGGCAGCCUGAACGGGGCGCAGCCCGCCCAGCCUCCCCCGCAGCCCGGCGGGGCCCCGGCGCUGCAGCUCCCCGGGAGCCUGAGCAGCCUGAGCCCCCUGACGGAGCAGCAGCGGCAGGUCCUGCAGCAGCACGAGCAGCAGCUGCAGCAGCUGCAGCAGCUCCUGACCUCGCAGCCGCUUAACCCGGAGCAGCAGGCUCUGGUGUUCCAGAUGAUGCAGCAGAUCCAGCAGAAGCGGGAGCUGCAGCGGCUGCAGAUUUCGGGCUCGUCGCCGCUGUCGCUGCUGGCCGCCACCUCUGCCCCGCUGCACGCCAGCCCCGGUGCCCUGCUGACCUCGGUGGCACCCAGCGGGGGCUCCCUGCUGGCCUCGCUGUCCCCGCAGCAGCUCAACCCCGGCGGGGCCCUGCUGGCCCCCCAGGCCACCCCCCCGCUGGCCUCGGGGCCACCCAUGGCCCCCAACCCCUUCCUGAGCCUGCAGCCCGACGGCGGCGCCCCCAAAGGAGCGCCGCUGGGUGACAAGGGCGCUCCGCUGGCACAGGACAAGGGCUAGGAGCCCCCGGCGCCACGCCCGCAGCCGACCCCUCCCGAGGAGCGGCCCUGAGGAGCCCGGGGCCACCAGGAGCCCCGCUGGGCCACCAGGAACCCGCUGGGGCCACCAGGAACCCGCUGGAGCCACCAGGAACCCACUGGGGCCACCAGGAACCCACUGGGGCCACCAGGAACCCACUGGAGCCACCAAGAGCCACGCUGGGCCACCAGGAACCCGCUGGGGCACCAGGAACCUGCUGGGGUCACCUGUCACCUGUGCCCUGCUCCACCUGCCCCAUGGAGCCCCAGCGGAUCCUGCCGGGAGCCUGGGGAGCCCCAAGACCCCCCAGAUCCUUGGGGAGGGAUGUGGUGGCACCUGGAGGUGUCCCACAAUGUGACCCUGGAUGUGGCACUGCCCAGAGAGGACGUGGUGGCACCUGGAGGUGUCCCAAGAGCCAGCACCAGAUGUGGCACUGCUGGAGAAAGGACGUGGUGGCACCUGGAGGUGACCAAGGACAUGACCCUGGAUGUGGCACUGCUGGAGAAGGGACGUGAUGGCACCUGGAGGUGUGCCAAGAGCCAGCACUGGAUGUGGCGCUGCUGGAGAAGGGACGUGGUGGCACCUGGCAGUGUCCCUGGAUGUGACCCUGGAUGUAGCAGCACUUGGAAAGGACGUGGUGGCACCUGGAGGUAUCCAAGGAUGUGACCCUGGAUGUGGCACUGCCCAGGGAGGACAUGGUGGCACCUGGAGGUGUCCAAGGAUGUGGCAGCACUUGGAAAGGACGUGGUGGCACCUGGAGGUAUCCAAGGAUGUGACCCUGGAUGUGGCACUGCCCAGGGAGGACAUGGUGGCACCUGGAGGUGUCCAAGGAUGUGGCAGCACUUGGAAAGGACGUCGUGGCACCUGGAGGUGUCCCGGGAUGUCACUCUGGAUGUGGCACUGCUGGAGAAAGGACGUGGUGGCACCUGGAGGUGCCCAAGGAUGGAAGGACAGGCGGAUGGGGAUGGACAGAGGUGGGCAGGAGGUGGCACCACCCGGGAGGACAUUGUCACCUGUGCCAGCUGCGAGGAUAUUGUCACCUGUGCCAGCUGCUGGAGGGGUGGGGUUGUCCUUCCCGCCUGGAAUUCCCAAAGGUCUCAGCACGAGAAGGAUCCAAGCCGGGGUUGUCCAACAUCAGAAGGAGCUCCUGGACCUGGACGAGGAUUCCUGGACCAGAGUUUGGAGAUGGAAAUUGUAGUGGGGAGGAGAAUCCCAAAUCCCAAAUGCCAAA